UUUUACUCCAACCUCUUCAAUGCUGUCACAACAUUUUAAUAUUCUCUCUCUUCCAUUUUCUCUCGUCUUCCCUCUAUUCUCCAUUAAACCCUAGCCGCCGUCGGCUCUUUCUCCAGCCACCACCACCCUAAAUGAAAAUAUUAAGCCCAUUUUCAUAUUCCCCGUAGCGAUCUCACCGUCGACCGUCGCCUAUCCUUCUUCAAUACUCGCAAAACAACUGCAUCAAUGGCAAAGCAGCUCCACGAGAUCAAGGAAUUUCUCUUGACGGUGCGUAGAAAGGACGCGAGAUCUGUGAAAAUCAAGAGGAGUAAGGAUGUGUUACUAAAGUUCAAGAUUCGUUGCUGGAAGUAUUUGUACAAGUUGUGUGUUUUUGAUACUGAUAAGGCUGAUAAGUUGAGGCAAUCUCUUCCUCCCAGUUUGAUUGUUCAAGAUCUGUAGAUUGAGUUCUGUUUAUCGGUUCUGUUUUAUAUUUUUUGAAAUUUGAAACCUUAGGUUUUGUGACUUGGUUUUGUGUUUAUUAUAAUUUAUACUUUUAUAUGAUUGCUUUUUGAGUUGCUAUGUAAAAAAAUAUGAUUUCUCACUCUCUUUUCCAGUCCUCAAAACCCUAAUCAUGAUUUAGGCAUGAUGAUUAUGAUGACAACAACAUUUGGAUGACAUGUAGAGAAUGAAAUGGAAGACGAAGCUGCUGCUGCGUGAGAUGCAAGCCAAGGUCGAGAAAGAGAUGGAUCUGUGCAGGGUGAUUCCUGUUUGUCCCCAUUAAGAUCUUUGUGUUUUUAGUUUUAUGCUAUUUUUGUACUUUAUUUUUGAAAAAAUUCUGGUGUGUGGUUUUGUAAGAGAUGCUACUGUUGAGACAAAUCAAGGCCUUCACCUGUUUUUUGCUUCUUUUCAGAUGACAGAUCAGUUCAAUAUCAGUGUUUGAAUUUUCUGGGAGUUGGCAGAAUGAUGCAGCGCAAUGGUUAGUUUUUGGAAUAUUUGUUAUUUUUUGGAAUUCUCUUUAUCAGCUUUAGGUGCCUUAGCAAGAGCUAUAGCUCUCGGCUUAACAAAAUCCAAAGGAAUAACAACCUUAUCAACAUGAUAAAUAUCAAGUGUUUUAUCUGUGAUGAAAGCGGAUCCUGCAGCUUCUGAAUAUGUGGUUCUUGACUCAUAUUUUGGUUUAUUUCUUAAUGUGAAUUGUUUAAUUUGUUUGGUUAGUUUGGUAUAUUUGAAAGUGGGAUUGAUGAUGCUGCUAAAAAACCCGGUUGCUCAUGGAUAAGGAUAGAAUGUCAAUAACUAUUUGGUAUUUUUGGAGUUUUCUAUCAUGUGAGUUUAAAUUGCUUGGAGUUUUACCUUGGUAUUUUUGGAGUUUUCUAUCAUGUGAGUUUAAAUUGCUUGGAGUUUUACCUUGGAACUAUAACAUAGUAUUUAACGUGUUUCAAUGGGGUUUACAAUUUAUGGAUCUUUGUUUUCAUAUUUAUAUAAACAAAGAAGAGGAAUCCUACCUUGAAUAACAUUAUUAUCUUGAUCAAUUUUUUCCAAUGCAGGAACGCAAAAUGCAGCAGUUAUAGUUGGAAUGCAGUUUUAGUACAAGAAGAAAAGUAUUUGAAUGUAGAUGGCAGUAUAGUUGGUUAAGUUAAAGAUUAGAUUUCAGUAGUGAUUAUUUUUUAAGCUAUCAACACAUUUGUCAUAACAAAUUGGUAUUCAAUUUACAAAUUGUAUUCUAUGGCUGCUAAAUGAUAAGACAUACUGUAAAGUUUUAUUUUUAACAUUUGAAUAUCUUAUGGUAGAAUCAUCAUUCAUAACCUUUGGACAUAUUCCAAUAACACCAUGGAAUGAUUUCAUAUUGAAUGGAUUAUAAGGUUAUAAAUAUUGAUUUGAGAGUUUCAUAAUAGCAUUAAGACUUAAAUAUUUACUUUUAGAAACCAUGUCUCCUUGUCAGUUAUGCUAGAUACUUCUUUAAACAACAUCUCUUGCUUAAGUUUAGUUGUAUUUCUAACUUAAGCAUGUGCUAUUCUUUUUGCAUGUGUAUAUAUUAUUUAAAUAUUUUUUUCACAGCAUUGUACUUUUACAAUUGGACUAUAUGUUGUUGGUUUGUAAAGGGAAUGGAACUCACCAACCAUGCUUUAUACAGUUUUAAUGAAUGUUGGGGUGGGGUGGUUUCUAACUCUUGGAGGUGGCUUUGCUCCUAUUAUAGGCCAAAGUCUUGUUGUAAUUUUUUCUCUUGGAAUCUUCUUCCGCUCUCUUGUUUCGAGUGAUAGAAGUUUUUCCGUUUUGUAUCAUCGGUUGAGCACCCCUUAUGCUCGCUAGUAAUUCCAUAGCCUAUUAAAAAAAAAAACCAACCAUUCUUUAUACAGUUACUAUUGACAAAGUUUAGCAGGUUUUAGCAAGUACUUUUAGCACGAGUAUUCUAUGUACUCUCAAUAAGCAUAUGGUUCUAAGUUAACCAUAAACUAGGGUCUAAAG